ACCAUAUUCCAGACUAUCGGUGUCCGCUUCAACAUUUCCCUGCCCCAACAACACUCCCUUGUUCACUAUGAGAUUCUCGUCCAAUUGUUUGGUGCCCAAAAUGGGCUUUGUUCAUCCAUCACUGAAUCCAAACAUAUCAAGGUGGUAAAGAAACCAUGGCGAUGCUCAAGCAAACACAAGGCACUCAGUCAGAUGCUCCUCACCAAUCAGCGCCUGGACAAAAUCGCAGCAGCAAGGGUUGAUUCUCAAGUGCAUGGGAUGCUCAAAGGUUCU